GGGAGGCGGCUGCGAGCGGGGGCUGCAGAUGCUGUUGACCACAGUGGGGGCAUUCGCCGCCUUCAGCCUGAUGACCAUCGCCGUGGGCACCGACUACUGGCUGUACUCACGGGGCGUGUGUCGGAGCAAGGGCGGCGGCGACAACGACACCGUCCGCAAGAACGAGGAGGUGAUGACCCACUCCGGCCUCUGGAGGACCUGCUGUCUGGAAGGUACCUUCAAAGGAGUCUGCAAAAUAAUUGAUCAUUUUCCUGAGGAUGCAGACUAUGAACAAGACACAGCGGAGUAUUUAUUGCGAAUCGUUCGAGCUUCCAGCCUGUUCCCAAUACUCAGUGUGGGAUUACUGUUCCUGGGAGGGGUCUGCAUAGCAGCCGGUGAAUUCUACAAAAGCAGACAUAACAUUGUCCUCAGCUCUGGGAUUUUUUUCGUUGCUGCAGGUUUAAGCAACAUAAUAGGGAUCAUAGUGUACAUAUCGGCAAACGCGGGAGAUCCCGGACAGAGCGAUUCCAAGAAGAACAAUUAUUCCUAUGGAUGGUCAUUCUACUUUGGGGCACUGUCGUUCAUCAUUGCCGAGACGGUGGGAGUGUUAGCAGUGCACAUGUACAUUGAGAAACACCGGCAGCUGAGGGUGAAGUCGCGGAACCACGUCCUGAAGAAGUCCACGCUUGCCCGAAUUCCCAGCUACAGGUACCGGUUCCGGCGAAGGUCGAGCUCCCGUUCCACAGAGCCUCGAUCGAGGGACCCUUCUCCCAUUGGGGGCAAAGGCUACAGCACGCCACCUUCCACCGAGAUAUCAAUGUACACGCUGUCCAGAGAUUCUUCAAAAGCAGUUAUUGCAACAAACUUGACUUCCGAAAGGAAUGCUAAAUUCCUGCAGGUUCGCAACUGCAUUUCCAAGGACUGGAAGGGAAGUCUCCAGUCAAACGCAGCCAACCGGCGGACUACUCCUGUCUAACAGCAGCCGAGGGGGAGUGUGCAGCGAUGGUGCAGACUGCCACACUCCCCGGGACAAGCGAGCCUCGGCCCCUUCCCAUUGAGUUUAGAGUCACAUAUUGAAGACGGGCUGAAAAAGUCUCCAGCAAAGUCACAGCAGAUAAAAUAGCUCCACUUCUCUCCAUUCCUGCAUGUCCCUUCUGAACUGACUGAC